AUGGCCACCUUUUUCACCACAGCCUUGAAGAGCUUCAGGGGGGCCGAGGAGGAGCCCAAGGAGCCCCCCAAGGACGGGAAGGCGGCUACUUUGCCCAACGGCAUGGCCCGCGAGGAGUUCGAGGAGUACCAGCGGCAGCUGCUGGAAGAGAAGAUAGAGCGGGACAAGGCCUUCGCGCACAGGAAAGCGGAGCGGGCCACCGUGCGGAUGCACCUGCGCGGCAAGUACCACCUGGCCCAGGAUGAGCGGGACAAUGCCCAGCUGCACGUGGCGGGCGGCUCGGUGGAGCUGCCGGAGGAGCUGGCUGCCAUGGUGCGAAGCGAGGAGGAGGAGGAGGCGGAGGAAGACGGGGCACUCUCCUUCCUGACGAAGCUGCGCGAGGUGGAUUUCCAGGCGCUGCGUGGCCGGGCGCAGGACACCGUGGAGGAGGUGAAGGAGAAAUGCUCCGUGAUGUAG